GCUUAAUAAUCACCGCAUGCUUGCAUUUUUCAUUUUGCAGAGAUUCGAUUUCGGAGAGCUCUCUUCGUAAGCACGGUAAAGGCAUUCUCCUUCAUGGUCCUGAUCAUUCGCAACUGCAGAAUAUUGUCCAGUCGACAGAACAAACGACAAACGGUUCAGACCCUAGGAAGUUUCGGGAAGCUGCAAGAUUUUCAAAGCGAAUCCUGUCGGCAGCAAUCGAUUUGCGAAAUAAAGUAGUACGAGUGCGCGAUGGGUCCGGCAACGGUACUGGGAACAUUGUUCCUCUAUAGCAUUGCCAUGUUUACUUUGCCGUUUGCUGCCUUCUUUGGAAUACAACGUUUCAUGAUACUAGAAUUUCAGACUGAUACCGCUGUGAUUAAUUACGUUUCUGUCCUGGCUGCUGUUGUCACAGUCAAUUUAAUUAUUUCUUGUUACGCGUAUCAAGCUUUAAAUGAAUCUGUUGAGGAAAAGGAACAAAGCGAAGAUGAAGUUGGAAUAAAAUCCAAAGAGAGUUUAAAUAAGAAAACUGAUUAAAAAAUAGUUUUCUCUUUUUAAAUAAAAGAAAAUUUGCUAAAUAUCAAAUAUUUUUCGUGUUUAAAGGAACGAGCACUUUUUCUUACUUAAAGUGUGUGUUUGUGUACAUGUAUAUAUUAUGAUAAAUUUCAUAAGUUUAAUAAGAAAGAUGUAAAUAUAGAUAUAUGUAUAAAUAAAGAUUAUAUAUUAUGAUGAACAAUCUUUACUUAAUAAAAUAAUAACAAAGA